AUGUCGGUUCAUGAAUCACAGGUACCAGAAAUACAGGAGUUCCAACCUGAAGCACAAGAACAUGAUUUCGACUACGCUAACGACGAAUACGAAAUAAAGAAUAGCAAUGUUUUAGUGCCUCUGUAUAAUGAAAGAGAAGUGACAGUUGUGGACUGGGGCCAAGAGGUAUUUGGUAGUCCAUUACAAAAGGCAACAAACUAUUUCAUUUCAUUAUUUCCAAUUGCUCAAUGGAUAUUGCAUUAUAAUAGAAAAUGGCUCUACGGUGAUCUCAUUGCAGGUAUCACUGUUGGUGUUGUUUUAGUUCCACAAUCGAUGUCAUAUGCCCAGUUAGCGGGUUUGUCAGCUGAAUACGGGUUGUAUUCAUCAUUCGUUGGUGUCUUCAUAUAUUCCUUCUUUGCCACCUCAAAAGAUGUUUCUAUUGGACCAGUUGCUGUCAUGUCGAUGCAAGUGGGUAAGGUGAUACAGAAUGUUCAAGCGAAAGUAGGCGAAGAUAAAUAUGACCCUGCGGAAAUAGCGACAUUUUUGUCCUUAAUUUGUGGUGGUAUCGCUACUGGUAUUGGUAUUUUAAGAUUAGGAUUUAUCUUGGAGUUUAUUUCCAUUCCAGCGGUCAUGGGUUUCAUGUCCGGAUCAGCCUUCAGUAUUAUUGUUGGACAAGUUCCAGGCUUAAUGGGAUAUAAUUCGUUGGUCAAUACUAGAAGUGCUUCAUAUAUGGUGGUCAUUGAUACAUUAAAGAACUUGCCAAACACUACGGUGGAUGCAGCAUUCGGUUUGGUUUGUUUGUUUAUAUUGUUUGUUUGGAAAUUCCUGACUGAAAUUGCCAUGAAAAGAUGGCCAAGAUACAAGCUUUGGUUUUUCUAUUCACAAAAUUUAAGAAAUGCCAUCGUUUUAAUUGUGGCUACUGCAAUUUCCUGGGGCAUUGUUCAUCCUCAGAAGGUUGCGUUUGACGGCCCAGCUUCGGAUUUCAAACCACCGAUCAAGACUAUCGGUGAAGUUCCUUCUGGAUUGCAACAUGUCGGUGUCAUGACAAUUCCAGAUAAUAUUAUUUCCCUGAUGGCUUCUGAGAUUCCAGUUUCUACCAUUAUCUUAUUAUUAGAGCAUAUAGCCAUUUCAAAAUCAUUCGGUAGAGUUAAUGAUUAUAAGGUUGUGCCAGAUCAAGAAUUAAUUGCUAUUGGGGUCAAUAAUUUAAUUGGUACAUUCUUUAAUGCAUAUCCUGCCACGGGUUCAUUCUCAAGAUCUGCUUUAAAGGCCAAGUGUGGUGUCAGAACACCUUUGGCUGGUAUAUUCACAGGUGCUGUUGUUUUGUUAGCUUUAUACUGUUUAACGAGUGCUUUCUACUAUAUUCCUAAGGCGGUAUUGUCAGCUGUUAUUAUCCAUGCAGUUUCUGAUUUGAUUGCCAAUUACAAAGUCACUUGGAAUUUUUGGAGAAUUAGUCCCUUAGACUGUGGGAUUUUCUUGAUUGCAGUUAUUAUUACUGUCUUUUCAUCUAUUGAGAAUGGUGUCUACUUUGCAAUUUGUGCUUCUGUAGCAGUCUUGUUAUUCCGUGUUUCCAAACCUCAAGGUUUCUUUUUGGGUAGAAUUCAAGUUGCUGAAGUUAUCAAUCCAAUUAUCGAUAAUUCUAACUCGGAUAGCUCCUCAACUAUUAGCGGCGAUGCCAAUUAUAACAAUUCAUCUUCCGAUGUUUCAAAGGAUAUUGAAAUCCAUCAAGUUUUGAGCAAUACAUCCAAUUACCAGGCAACCUCAUCUAAUAAAUUUAAAUCUAAGGAAGCAAUCACCACUCUGCCAUCUACUCAUAAAUUACUCGACAACAAUCCAAAUAUUAGAUUCCACACUAGGUGGGUUCCGUUAACCAAAGAAAACAUUAAUAGUGACUUACAAGUCAGACCUCCACCACCAGGAGUUAUUGUUUAUAAACCAAUUGAAGCAUUCACAUAUCCUAACGCUUCGACACAAAUAGAGAGAGUUACAGAUGAGGUAAAACGCAUAACAAGAAGAGGCAAACCAUAUAACUCUAACGAUGUCGGUUCCAGACCUUGGAAUGACCCAGGCCCAUUACAAUGGAGUAUUCCUUUCUUUAAAAAUAAGAAUGCUAAGGUAGAAACCCCACAAGAAGAUAACAGACCAAUCUUGAAGAUUGUUCAUUUCGAUUUUUCUACCGUUGCUUCAGUUGAUGUAACUAGUAUACAGGCUUUAGUUGAUUUGCGUAAAGCCUUGAAUAUAUAUGCUGAUAGAGAAGUUGAAUUUCAUUUUUCAGGUAUUUUAUCUCCUUGGAUUAGAAGGGGAUUAAUGAAUGCUGGUUUUGGUUCGUACAGCGAGGAUGGUUUAGUCAGUGAUACUACUUAUGUGAACAUUGCUACUUCUUCUAAAACACAGGAUAUUGAAUCGGGUAUAAAUGACCAAUAUUUUGCUGCCGUAAGCACCAAUACUCCAUACUUCCAUUUAGACAUACCGAACUUUUAG